AUGGCACCCUCCUUUGGUCGUCCGAGCCCACUGGGCCGGUCCGACCACAACACGCUCAGUGCGAGUGCGAGUGCGAGUGCGAGUGCGAGUGCUAUUAGUGUCAGCACUUCUUCGGCCGGUCCUUCUCGGUUGCCCAGCGAUCACCACGACCAGGGCGGUCACAACAUGCAAGUUCAACCACAGUCCAGUCUUGCUUCACCGAACUCACCCACUCGUCUCACUCCCCUCCACAGGCCAUUUGCGACCGCAUUGCACCUGCUCGAGUCGGCGGCGUCGUCGUCGUCGUCGUCGUCGUCGAGCUCGAGCUCAUCCUCCACCGCGGUCGACAACGUCCAAGCCUUCCUCGAACGCAACUUGUCCCAACUCGUCAAGCCGUACGAGCCCUUCACACGCUCUCGCAAGCUUACCGGUGCCGUCGUACCCGCCCACAACCCGGGCAAGGGCAAGCAGUCGCACGGCGUUGAUGAUCUCGCGCACCGGUUCCAGAUCGACCAACACAGCGCUCGCAUCGUAUUACAGAGUGUGUACGACGGCGAGCGCACCGUCGAGGACGAACCACUCUCGGAGGACCACUGGGAUCGCAUCACCGCCUACGUCUUUGAAGAACGUAUGGCCAUUCUCGCCAUCGUCGCACUCCUGCUCAGAGCCCGUCAGUGUCCGGUAGCUCUCUAGGUGCACCAGCGCGGUCGCUGACUCCGUCCUUCCACACCACAGAGGACGGCCCAGAUACCGAUAACCCGGUCCACCAGCUCUCGACCCGGCUGCUGCCUUCGAUCCUCACCGCCGACUUUGCCUCGUCCAUACUCCGAGCCUUUGUCCAGCGCACACGCGAUGCGCUGCCCGACGCCGUUCGAACGUCCCCGACCCACUCCCUCUUCUGGGCGAAGCAACUCCUGCGCGAGCAAAAAGCGCUGCUCGAGAUCGUCUUUCUCAUAUUUUACUCGCCCCUGCCUCCCGACGGUCCGAUACUCUUGGUCGUGCUCGAGACCAUCGCCGAGACGCAGUGGGGGCAACGGCAAAGCUUGUUCGGCUACUUUGACAAGGAGGCGGCCGUUAUCGUCGCCGAAAUUGGCCACCUGUGGACCAUCUUGGCGAUUGAAGCGCUCAAUCUUGAACUGGCGAUCGAGGUUCCCUAUCCGAUACCUGCGCCGGGCGAAAAGUCCUUGCCAACGACGAGCAUCUACCACGCCGACAACCUCAAGAGCAUCAACGCAGCCGUCGAAGCGCUCGUGCAGGUCGAUACCGAGAGGGCCUCGCCGAUUCUGCUGGGCUGGGCGUUCCUCCUCUCCAAAGUGACGGCGUCCCUGAUCGACCGAGGUGUUCCCGAGGCGUACCACGACUUUGCAUCCCAGUCCUUGCGCGUCGAAGCACCUUCCACCUCCUCCUCGUCGAGUGCACAGCCCUUGUUCCAGCUCUACGCCACCCACGCCCUAUCUCCAAGCUCCGGCUUCUUCACCGCUUUGCUCGCGAUCCUCGAUUCGUCCUUACUGGGCGGCUCAUCAACCUCGACCUCGAAUUCGGUCGAGCCCAACGCCGUGGGUUAUCUUUCCGUCCUGCGAGGUCUCGUCACCUGUCUCCCGCUUUUGAUACGACUGUCCUUCCUCACCUCGGAACAACUCUCGGCCCACUUCAAAGUCUUCAGCUCGCUCUUCGACAACCGCUCUGCUUCGAUCCUCUGCGUUCAAUUCUGGCAAGAUCAAGGCGUCGAACUGCUGCGCUCCGCGUUUGACGCCUCGGCCGAUGCGUCGAUGAUGAUGACCUUUGACGAACGCACGUCGCAGAUGCUCGGAGAACUGGAGACCAUCUCGAUAGCCCAAGCCCGGUUCCCCGUGCAGUUCACGGGUUUCGCUUCGAUCGUCAGAGCGCUCUGCGUUGGAGUCUCGGGCUUGCUACCCGACACUUUGGACGAUGCGACGUCGAGCGCGACAAUAGAGGCUGAAGAACUGGCUUCCAAAUGCGCCGCCACCGCCUUCGAGUGGCUCGCCGCGUUGGACUCGUUGACGUGCAUCGUCCCUUCCGCACCAUCGAUGACACCUUUACCUUACGAAGUGGCCGUUUACCCCACCGUGACGUAUCGAUCGAUUCGACCUAUCGUCCUUUCGCGGAGUUUAUCGAUCCCCGUGGGUGUGAUGGGCAAGUUGGUAAGCCAACAGGGGCAAAAGCCAGUCGUCGUACAGUGGGACCUCAAAUGGUCCGCUUGGAGGCUGUUUGGGGAUGUCCUCGAAACCUUUGCGGGAGGUCGUCGACAGUCGAGCGCAGCGAAGGCUCGACAGCAACCCAAGAAAAAGGACGGCGGGGCGAUCGAGGACGUCUUUGGCGAUGAUUCCGCGACAAGGUCGGUUCACACGUUGCCGAUCGAAUGGGAGGACGAGCAGGCACAAGAAGAGGACGUCGUCGUCGUAUUGGACAUCUUUCGAGCGAUGCUCAAGAACGAUCCGUCGCUCGGAACGACACUGGUCGAACAUCUCACCGUUCCGCAAUCGGCGAGUGCGAAGUCGGAUGAAGAGAACGAUGCACCGAGGUACGACCUGGUCGAGGUCUUGUUCCGCAUCCUUGAUCGGGUCAUGUCGACCCCUUCGCGAUCGGACGUCUCGACACGAUUGGUCAGCUCGUUGCUCGGCUUGAUCGCUGCGCUCUUGCCUUCCUACCCUGGGGUAUGCUGGACGCUUCUUCGAGGGUCCGAUCUGCUCUUCCCUUCCACUUCAAAAGCGAGCUCCGCAACGAGUGGCACCUGGAACCGUGAUGGAUCUGGAGCAGGACGGCAUUCGAUUUUGGUGAACGAAAGGCUGCCUGGGAAGUAUCCCAUCACUUUGGCAUUGCUGUCCCUCGUUCGAGCGCUCGUCCUCGAGGAACAGGUUACCUCCGCCGCCAUCAGCGCCGAUUUCGAGGAGAUCAAAAUCGACGUCUUGGUCCGCGCAUUGGCUUGGGUUCGCGAUGAGGUGUGGCCUUCGUAUUCGAGUUGGAGGUUCGUGAACCUUGGUGAGAAGUACGAGAUCGCUCGAAGGAUCGUGCAACUCUACUCGCUCGUACUGGAAGAAGGUGAACUGGCGUCGGGAGCGAGUCAAGGACAUUUCCCACCCGUCGCGACGAUCGUCUUGGAUGCGUUGUUACUUCGAGCUACGGUCGGGCAGUUGUCGCCUCUCAUCACGACCAUCUUGAAUGGUCCGGACCACAUCAUCAAUUUGCGCAAAGCGAUUCGAUUCCAUGAAGCACAAGGCUCGGAGGAUUUAAUCGUUGCCUCACUCUCCCUUGUUCGGAAAUUAUUGAGGAUCCGCCAACGCAUCCGAGGGAUGUCGACGUCAUUGUUUGAGAAACUCGUUCUUUCACCUUCCAAUACCGAUGGACUUUCCCUCGCAGCAGCUUCGAACCUCGCUUUCGGCAGCGGGAGUACCGCCAAAUCCACCCGAGUCGAAUGGGUCGAAUGUCUAGCGCAAUUCAUCGUUUCACCCUUGGAUCACAAGGUGUCGAUCGAAGCAGCAAAGGUGAUGACGUUGUUGUGUUUGGGCUCGGCGAACGCGACGCCGAGACCACCAAGUUUGACGGCUUUACUUGGGGGAGCGACAAGGAGUCAGGAAUGGGUAAACAAGGUGCUGCAGAUUGCGGCGAACCCCAUGGGGACGGAGACGUUGCAGGUUGCUGUUUGGGAUAUGGUGAGUUGAGGAAGUCUUCAGUGACGACGAGUGGUUCGAGGCUGAUCCGAGGUCGAGCUCUUGUUUUCAUUGCAGAUCUCUUCGAUCGUAGAGACGCAACCUAGCUUGGCCAUUCUCAUCGUCACAGGUCGGCACUUCCCCUUCUCCAUCGAGGGCGACCAAGCAAAACUCCUCGAACCAGCCGACGCAGGCAAAGAGAACAAGGCCUUGACGGCGGCCGAAGAAGACGCUCGAGCGUUGUACAAAUCCUUGGCUCCACCGGCGAUCAAACCUCUACCUCGCACGGCUCUGGGCGUCGCCCUGGAAACGAUCGGGAUUUGGAACGAGACGUGGACUGAUCAACCUGGUUUACUCGCGAGCGUGUUGCGGUUCUUUGAUUUCGUCUUCCAGCAUCUCGUCGAUUAUGGAGACGCGUUGGAUGACUUCCGGGGUCGACCUGCACCAUGGGACGCGUUCGUCAAAAUUGCGUUCAAGAGUCUUGGCGAGUCGGAACCGGAUGAUGAUCAAGGGGUUAGGGAUUACUGUCAUCGAGUCAUGGCCAAAGCCCAUGCCGUUCGAGUACUAGCUCUCGAUAUCGGCGUCGUCCUCGAACGACCUUCACCCGCUGCUGCGACGAGUGCCACGGCGUUGAUCAAAGCCCUAUCGGACAAGACCCAAUUGUCGAACGCCCUACAGACCGCGAUGGACUCGUCGUGCGCUUCGCAAUUGCAAAGUGGCGUUUUCGACUUGUUACGCGAGUCGUUCCCCGAGAUCGAUAUCGAGACCCUUCGAAUGCCCGCUCAAUCGCACCCGCUCGAAGGAUCGCGGGAAUACGGCGCGGCGUACCUCUACUCGCUUUCGAUCUUGCGCCGUCGGUUGGAUGGGUUCAUGUCCGAAGCCAAUGCGGCGAAUUUGGGUCCCGAGGCGUUCAGUGAUGUGAUUGAGCAGACGGGGAAACUUAACCUCAACUUCUCGCUCGUUGAUGCGCAAAUUUCGCACACUCGAUCGUGGAGACAGUUGCUCGAAUUGGCGUUACCGCUGAUCAUCAACCACCGAGCCGCAUCAGUGACGGUGUUGGACGUCGCGGCCGACCUCGUCACCAGCUCGAUUGCCGAAGAGGAUCGAGGUGGUCAGAUCGUUCUGACAGUGCAGAAUGAACGCCUGUCGAUCCUCUUGAUCAUGAUCGAGGUCCUGCAAGGACUCGAGCUGGACCAGGUUUGGGGACAGCUCGUCAAGCUCAUCGAUGGGAUCGGUCGAAUCUUCUCGAGUGAAACGCUCGAACCCCUCGAGUCUGUGCAUCGCCGAAAUGCACCCAUGUUUCAUCAGACUUUAUUCCGUAUCGCCUAUUUCGCUUACCGCAAACUGGCUGGAGCGGAUCGAGCGAGCUUUUCGGCGGAACAACAAUCGACGAUCGCGGGUGCGACCGAAAUCGUCCUGAGGUCGAUGAUCACUGCCGCGCAUGAUUUAUUCGUCAUCGCGCGAGCUUCGCAAGAUCCCGAUGUCGAGCAGGAUGUCGCGCUUGCGAGUGCGGUGCUUUCCCAACUCGUACAUUCGUCCUUCAUCCCUCAUGCGGGCGUAUGGCUCGCCCAUUGCCAGGAGGAAGAUUUCUUCCGCGCCGCUUUCAAUGUCUUUGUACAUAUGGAUCAGAUCAAUGGUCGGCCGUUGUAUGCACAGCAUGUGCUCGACCUUUGUCUCGCCAUCGCCACUUCGUCAGCUCGAGCGGCCGAACAGAUGGCUCUCGAAGGGUUGAUGACAGCCUUGACGAACAACGCCCUCAGCUCUGCAGCCGAAGCAGGCACGAUCUCGAUCACCGCUCGUGAUGGCUCCUCGCAACGAUCAUACGAACACGAGAUGUGGACUUCGAUGCUCAAACUCGUCGUCGCGCUCAUCGCUGCUCUCGGCGAUUCGACUCAAUUCGUCGAACUCGAAGUCACGGGGUUCGUGCGUCUGCAUGGCCAACAGAUCGCCCGCGCGAUGAGCUGGAACGCCGAUUCGGUCAUCAGUCUUCCAGGAUUAGAGGAGCUUGCAAUUUCGAUGGCGUUGAUGCACGGUCUUAUCCGACGAGCUGCGUUCCUCGCCGAUUCUCAAAAAGGGUCGAGAGGGCCCGCAUCCCUCCGUGAAGGCUCAAUCGGGAUCGAAGCCGUCGCCACCAUCUUUGCCGAACAAUCCCUCCAUCUCCUCCAACACAUCGUCUACGCGAUCCUACACCCGAACCAUCUCUCGAACCUCAUCGAACCCACCAAUCCCGAAGAACGAAGUUGGAUCGAAAAGGAUGCUUCGACGUCGGUGGACCCGAAUGGAGACCUGAGUAAACGACCGGUUGUAGCGGCCGUGACGCUUGCUUUGUUGCAGUUGGCGAGGGGAGUGGUUGAUGCUUUGGUCGCGCAUACGAACGCUUUCAAAGUUUUAUCGACGGAUCCGACGGAAUGGAGAACGGAUCGAGCGAUUGUCAUUCCUGUGAGUUUCAGCAGCGCUGCAUCACCAGAUUUAGACUAGACUCAUUCAGUCUUGCUCGUCUCGUCCGCUUAGACCGCUACGGUGAGCUCGAACGAAAAAGCUUCGAUUGGCACACUGUUCGACCUCGCAUCGUUCUGCCUCGACACAUUACGCCAAUCGCCACCCGCCGCAUCAUCGACGACUUGCACCAGCUCGAUCACGCCUUUGACCCCUUACUCCUGGAGAACGAUGCAAAGUUCGACCGCACAAACUCUCGAAGGCGUCUUGCUGCUCUCGACGUCUCAAUUGGCAUUGUGGUUGAGCAAACCGGAUCCUUCACCUACCCGAGCGUCAAUUGCGAUGCGAAGAGAGAUCUCGGGCGAGUUGGCGACCGAUCUAGGGGGGAUACUGGAUCGGGCAGGGGCUAGAUCGACCUCUGCUCUAGGAGGGGUCAAAGGGGCGAAGGAAGGAGCCGCCACAAGUGGGGAGAUGAUGAAGGUGUUGAAGAUGUUUGUGGUGGCGAGAUUGGUGGAGAGGUAG